AGACGCUCUGUAGUUCACCUCUUACCAGAAAUGUGCUAUUGCAGCAGGAUUUGACUCAAAAGGCAAGUGAUGUAACUGGAGUGGAUGACUUGUGAGCCUGGUGCAGAGACCAAGAACAUAUAUAUACGUUCAGGAGCGGUGAUUGUGGUAAGGAUCUCAGCUUCAAAUUGUUUUAUGUUGCUGUUCAUUUCAUCUCUCAUUUCUAUACCUUUAAACUCAGUGCUUAGUGCUUAGUGUGUGUGUGUGUGUGCGUGUGUCUGUGUGUGUGUGUGUGUAUGUGUGUCAGAGGGAGAGUGACAGCCACAGGAAGUGAGGGUCGACGCUGGUGUCAGAGCAAAUGGGUCUGUCUGUGCUUAUAGUGGGAGAAAAUAGUUUGAGUUGUGGUUUAGAUGCAUUAGAUUAUGGUCAGAGUAGGAGGUACUCUGUGAUAUUCAUAGAAAGAUUAAACAUGUCAUUUAUUUCUCUGCUGUGUGAUGCUGUAAGAAUUGUAUUGGGGACGGCGGGGGGCGGGGCUGUUUAGCUGAACUGCUAAAUGUUUGUUUUGAGAAGCUGUUUGGAUGUGACUCACGAGAUGAUGAUUCAAGUUAAAGGGCAGGAAAGUCCAAAAACUGUUUCUUAAAAAGCAAUAUUCUUUACAAACACUUUGGAAGUAAAUGGAGGAAAGAGUAUUUUCAUGAGCUCAAGAAAACUAAAAGAGGACUGAUCACACUGUCAAAAUCAGCAUGAACACAUCAGAGGUGGCGAUGUAUGACUAUGAUUACAACUCCACCUGCGAGCAGGCUCCCGAUGAAGAUUUCCCAAUCAGACCCACAGUCUUACAAGUUCUUUACUAUGUGCUGUUUUGUCUCGGUCUGCUGGGUAACAGCACGGUUGUCUGGGUUGUCCUGCGGUACAUAAAGCUGAGAACUAUGACGGAUGUUUGCCUCCUGAAUCUGGCUCUGUCUGACCUCAUGGUGGCCUUAUCCCUGCCAAUCUGGGCCCACAAUUUCCAGACACUUGCAUCCUGCAAACUGGUGACAGGAGUCUAUCAGCUGGGUUUUUACAGCGGCACGUUGUUUGUGACCUUAAUGAGCGUGGACCGCUACCUGGCCAUCGUCCAUGCUGUGGCUGCCAUGCGAGCCAGGACACUUCGCUAUGGGAUCAUAGCUAGCUUCACUAUCUGGCUUAUCAGCAUCGUCAUGGCAACACCCCAGGUGACAUUUGCCUCCUUGGUGAGGAAUGAGGAUGACGAAGUUGAGUGCCAACCACUGUACCCAGAUAAUACGCAGCAGUUCUGGCAAAUGCAGCGAAACUUCAGCGAGAUCACAGUGGGCCUUUUCGUGUGCCUACCAAUUAUGUUUUUUUGCUACAUAAAUAUCCUAGUUGCCCUGUCCAAGUCCAGGAACUCCAACAAGAACAAAGCUGUAAAGUUAAUUUUUAUCAUAGUGUGUGUGUUUGUGGUGUGCUGGGUCCCCUACAACCUCACAGUCUUCCUUCAGACGCUGCAGCACUUUCAUAUACUCGACAACUGUCGCGCUUUGAAAGCCAUGAACUUGGCCAUGGGCUUUACUGAGAUCAUUGCACUGGCUCACUGCUGCCUCAAUCCAGUCAUAUAUGCAUUUGUAGGGGAGAAGUUUAGAAAGUCACUGGGCAAAAUGCUCACUGUAUACUUCUGCUGGACCAACAAGGGUAGCAGCUUUACAGAGAAAGAGACAUCCAACACACCAGUGAGAUCAGAUCACUAAGUGUGUGCGUGUGUGUGCUUGGUAUUCCUUAUGUCACAUUAUGGGGACUUGUCUUCCUUAUGGGAACAAAAAUGAAGUCCCCAUGAUGUAAAUGACUACAUUUUAUAGUGAGGACAUGUUUUAAAGUUAGGCUGAGGUUAGGUUUAGGUUAAGGUUUAGGUUAAGGUUAAGGUUAGGAUUAGCAGUUUCCAGUAGUAGUUAUGGUUAAGGUUAGAGUAAGUCUCCAGGAAAUGAAUGUAAGACAAUGCAAUGUCCUCUGAAGUCAUGGAAACCAGUGUGUGGCCGUGUGUGCGCAUGUGUGCAUGUGUGCGUGCGUGUGCCUAUGUAUAAAAUGAAAAUGUACAGAAUGUUGAGAAAGAUGUUUCCAGAUCAUUUGAUUCAAAGUAUAUUCAUAACUUUGGUAAAUGAAUGUUUUUGUAAAGUUUAAUAAAAACAAUGAAUCCUGA